AGUUGUCAACGAGCGGUUGCGUCUUGUAGACGUGGAGAAAUUCAGGUUGGCAGGGAACAAUUCCGGAUCCGAACUGUAUAUCUCCCUUCCAAGAGUUGGUGUUUUUCUUCCCCGGGGAAGAAACAGAGGUGAAAAAUCAAUUUCAAUCUAUUCUAGUGCACCAAUUUGGGUGAAUAGUUUUCCACUGCGGUGGGAAAUUUGUGGAUAGUGAAAAGUGCCAGAAAAUAGGGUGGGAAAAUUGAUGUGCAUUUUUUAAGGCAAAGGUUGCUGCAAUCGAGUAUCGAAUGGUGUUGCAGCCAUAACAGCCAGUGUACAGUGAAGUAAUGCAAAUCGUGCAAAAAAUAUGAAGUCUGUUCAAUAAAAUUCGUCUUCUUCAUAAAUCGGGUGCCCCGAAGAGUGCGAUGGUGUUUGUGAAAUUUAUCGUUUUUGUACGGAGCUAACUGCGCGAUUGGAUCGUUGGAUAUAAAAGAAGAAGGAAGAGAGGUCUUUUUUCGCAAAUUUUUCUUCCUCAUCUGCCUAGCGCUAGCGACUUUGCGUGGCUGUGGAUCUCUUCUUGUUGGUGGUGUUCGCGCGAAAUGAAGCACAAGUGAAAAUACAAUAUUCCUGCUGAUCAAGCAAAAACCUAAAUGUAGAAUGCAAUUGGUGUAGUGUUAAAGAUCGCAUAGAGGAAGUUCCUCUACGAGGGCGAGGUGAAAGUUACUGCACUCUGCUGUUUGUCAAGUGCAUCGACGUCAUAACAAAGGAGAAGUGUUGGAAAUAACGUAGGUGCGGGGAGCAGUCGUUGUCGUUGCAGAGGAAUUUCGCGCAAUCUCCGGGUCUGCGCCAAAACCAUUUGAAUAGCUGCUCAUAAUACACACUAUUACGUCUUGGGCAGCACGCGGUGAGGUACCGUUAGAAGAGCCGCGUGCGCGUGGAGCAUAGCAGACGAGUGGGGUGUGAUAUAGCAGAAGAAGAAACUGGCAAUUGGGGCGUUGUAUUUUUAAGCGUGGCGCUAAGAUAAACACCAUGGAAUCGACGACGACGGCAGUCACGGGAAAUGGCAUUCAGAAACAAGAACCGGAUGCAACGAGCAGGGCGCCGCCGGCGAUGAUGAGUAAAAAUCAGAUGCAGAAGCAACCGAAGGAGAUUCACUACGUCAAUCCGUUUGUGCACAAACUUAUUUGGGACGAUCCCAUUGAUAAAGUGAAGACCGUAUUCCUGACAGUAUUUCUGAUGCCAUUUCGGGUGAUACUCAUUCUAGUAUGCCUGAUGAUAGCGUGGUCGUUAGCAACUAUUGGACUGUAUGGCUUAUCCCGGGAGGAGCUAAGGACAAAACCACUCUCCGGAUGGAGGCGACAGCUUCGUUGUUAUGUGGCAGUAGUGAUGCGAGCAUUAUUCCUGUUCGGUUCGUUCAACCUGAUCCGGAUGAAGGGCGAACGGGCAUCACCGAAGGAGGCCCCGGUGAUCUGUGUGGCCCCGCACACCGCCUUCUACGACUCGAUCUGUGUGGUCCUGUUUGGACCGUCGGCGGUAGUGGCCAAGUACGAAACCGCGUCGCUCCCGUUUUUCGGAAAGCUCAUUGACUAUGCCCAGCCCAUUUACGUGUGCCGCGAAGAUCCCAACUCGCGGCAAACCACCAUCAAGGAGAUUAUCGAACGUGCCAACUCCAAAGAAGACUGGCCUCAGAUUCUGAUCUUCCCGGAGGGAACCUGCACUAAUCGGACGUCGUUGAUUCAGUUCAAGCCCGGUGCAUUCUAUCCGGGCGUUCCAAUCCAGCCGGUUCUGGUGCGGUACCCGAACAAGGUUGACACCGUCACUUGGACCUGGGAGGGACCGGAUGCAUUUCAACUGUUGUGGCGGACCCUAACACAGUUCCACACGUACUGUGAAAUUGAAUUUCUGCCCGUAUAUCACCCAAGUGAAGAGGAAAAGAAGGACCCCAAACUGUACGCACGGAACGUGCGUAAUCUUAUGGCCCGCGAGUUGGGUAUUCCCAUUUCCGAUUACACAUUCGAUGACUGCAAGCUGAUGUCGUUCGUCAAAAAUAUCAACAUGCCAUAUCCUCAGUUUAUUGCUGAUAUCGAAAAGCUGCGAAAAGAGCUCGGACUUAACAAACUCAACGUGGAGGAACAAUUGGUAGCGGAGGGACCCCGAUUUACAGAUGAGAACAGCUAUCUGACGAUAGAGGAGUUUUCCAAGCGAUUAAACAUCCCGGCCAAUAGCGAGUCAACAAAGAAACUCUUCCGAAUAUUUGUUAAGCCUGAACGCGGUUUGGAUGUGAUCGACGUUAGAGAAUACCUGUUGCUAUCCCUGUUCCUAAUUACGUUAUAUUCGCCAAAAAUGAACUACGUUCGAGUAUUGUUCCAGCUUCACGGUGAUCGCGGGAAGGUCACUCGACAAUCAUUCUACGACACACUGAAGUACCUAGUGAAGAUCAGUCCACAGGAGGCAGCCACUAUCUUCAUGACAGCAGAUAGUGAAAAUUUGGGUGAAAUUUCAUAUGAUCAAUUUUCCAAAGUGCUGGACAAAUACCCAGCAAUCCAGAAGAAGCUCCAGAAAAACAAUGACCCCAACAACAUGAAGCUUAAUUAAGCGCGCGUAACGUGCGUCCGAUAGUUGAUAGUACAUAGCUGGAACCAUCCCGUUGAUAAGAUCUAUAUUUUUAAUUUAACCUAACCUUAAAACCAGCAGAAGCAGGAGCAGCAAGCACUCUGAGUGAUACGAAACCUGGAGAUCAUCGGAAGUCUACUUAACCUCAUAGAAAAAGCUAUUUAUUAUUUAUUGUGUUCGUAAUACAAUAGACCGUAUGGUAGCCGCCAUGUGAGCGGAAACGACAUUACUACAUUAGUGGCAUCAAGUCCAGUUUUUGCUAGAUCUUAUGUUACUCUCGGUGUGAAAACAUCGUAAUACCACUUUAGGGCAAAAUGACUGAAAGCUUCCCAUACAUGAUCGUUUAGGUAAAGAUAUUGUACGCGAAAUGUAUUGUACAUGGUGAAUAAAUCGCAGAAUCAAAAAACGGAUGUGUAAGUAUUUCAGAAUGAUGAUAUUGUAUCAAAUACUACAAGCUGUUUGGUGUGACUUGUAACUCGGAAUAUCGAUUUGUGUCUAAUGUAAACUGUCUUUCAAUAGCUUUUGACACAAGAAAAAUCCAUGUCUCUAAUUAAUACAAAGCAGUAUACACAGCUUAGGCGUUAGUUGCUAGCUACUCAGUAUAGCGAACUGGACUGGUUUAUGUGACGUGUAUUUAUGUUCCAGAAUAAAUUGGUUAGAGAUGAGAUGUUUUUGAUGGAGAUGUGAAUGAGUAAA